AUGCAUUUAUUCUGUACAUAUAUGGACUCCAGGCUUCCUGCUCAGCCUAAAUACCCCGACGGAAAAACUUUUACGUCGCAACAUUUCAUUAAGACACCAGAUAAACCUAAUUUGGACAAAGAGGACACAGUGUGUAUAUAUCAGUCGUCCAUAAGUCCGCCCCAUUUCCAAGUCGUGAUAGGGAAGACAGUUCAUCAAAUACCCAAAGGGAGAAAUAACAUGUUUCAAGCCGUACUGUUGUUUCUUCACCACAUUGACACGAAGGAGCACGGAAUGUUAGGACGAGUCAACCUAGGAAUGUCUGGUGUCAACAUCACAUGGAUUUUCAAAUGACAGGAAGACCGUGCCAAAUAAUUUCUGUUUUAUCCGUCAUCGGUCAGAAGGCUUAAUAUGUUACAUGUAGGUUGAUGGAGAUAAACCUCAUAUCCGGGGUUGAGGAUUUGACAAAAAAGAUGGGGAUAGCAAGAAAAUGUGCCAAAGACCAGAAACAGUCUGUUCAGAAUGUCAUUAUGGGGCUAUUAGAUUUGUUUCUUGGCAAUGGAUUUGAAUGUUGUUGAGGUCCAAAAGAUCUCGAAUCACUGCAUUGUUUAAUGCAUUUAUGUUGAUGCAUGGGGUUAAAGACACCUUUUCAAAUAAAUGAUGCAGAAAUUAA